UCCGCUCGCCAGUGACCUCCUGCAUCACAAGCGCGUCGUUUUCGAAGAAAAGGGCGGAGAAAGUGGGCGAGACCAAAGUUUCUUCUGCAGAAGGAUGAGUUCAACACGGAGUGGUCUUCUUCUUGUCAGUAUUGCACUUUCUUGGUUAAUGUGCUUAGCUGCACCUCAUGCAGAAUUUUCUGGAGAUCCUGGUUUACAUCAGUUUGUUUCGAAAAAUAAGGAGUUUGCCAUCAGGAUAAAGGCUGACCUCCUUGUAUUGAAUGGGCUUGUGCGUAAAGCAUUCAGCUUUGGCAGCAACAGAGAACUGAUAACGAUAGAGAAACUCUUGGGCAUUCAACAAGUUAAUAUCUCUCAUUGCCAGCAGGAUCCCUGUGACAUGGAAAGAUGCUUCAAUCAAAUACAGGCAGGCCUCCAAACCUACUCUGGUUACCUCUCAUAUAUUCGCCAAAUCUUAACAACUUACUCUGACCAAGUAUUUAAUAUUCAACUGGAUAUUUCCAACUUGUCCCACAACAUUCAACAACAGAUGGAAGAAAGCAGUCUGACCAGUGUUGUCUAUCCACAAGCAGAAAAUGAGCCUAAAUUUUUGGAAGUUCAAAGAGAAAUUGGAAGCUACCUGGUUCUCUGCAAACUCCAGAUAUUUAUGGAUAUGAUUUUCCGGGCCCUGAGGCACUGUAGCACAUAAAGAGAAUCUAUGGAGAAUUCUCACUAAAGACUUAGAAGCUGAAAUAGUUCUGUGCACAAAAGGAAGUGCUAAGACUUGCUUUUGCCUGACAGGACUGCUUUGAUGGGUAGAAUUCCAGCUUCUCUGUCUUUGUUUUUAAUUUAUUUUAAAUUUUUAUACAUUAUUUUAAUACACUGAAAGUAGGAGACAAUAAAGUAAUUCAGAUAAAUUUAGCUCUAAGAGAAAUAAAAAUAUUAGCUGAGUUUGUACAACAUGUUAGGUUAGACUAAAGUGGAGCUGGGUUGAUUAAUAGAAUAGAAUAGAAUAGAAUAGAAUUUUUUAUUGGCCAAGUGUGAUUGGACACACAAGGAAUUUGUCUUGGUGCAUAUGCUCUCAGUGUACAUAAAAGAAAAGAUGCGUUCAUCAAGUUACAACAUUUACAACACAAUUGAUGAUCAAUAUAUCAAUAUAAAUCAUAAGGAUUUAUCAUUUAUAUAAAUCAUCGUAAGAUUCAGCAUGUUGUGAAAAUAAGCCAUUGUCUUAUAUCGUGAACACUUUAUUUUCUUAAGUCACUUUCUCAACUUCAGCAAUUCUGGCUUUGAGGAAAGUUGAAGUCUUAAGAGUUGCUGAAGUUGAGAAACACUGGGUUAAGUUAUAAUUUGUUUUAAAACUGACUGUUUAAAAUUUUUAUAAUUAUCAUUCACUUCAAAUGAUUAUUGGUACGGUAUUGAGAGAAGAGCAUCUCACACAUGUACGGGGAAAUGGGAAAAUUGCCUUCAGAAUCUUUCAGAGAUCUUUUACCACUUGAGAGGCUACUACAGUUAAAACUUCAGUUGUUUAAGGCUGAUAAUGAUUAACUUGUAAGAAAAAUAGAUUUUUUUCUUCAAAUAUCAAAUAUUUUGCAAUGAAAUGUAUUCUUAUGAGGGCAAGUUCCGAGUUCACUCAGGCUCUUCUUUCCUGAUGAAAUAAUCACUGUGAUAAGUUUUUAAUAGUUUGUUAUGAGUUUUAAUUUAUUAGCAUAUUUAAUAUUUAUAGUAUCAGAAUUGUUGAAUCUUGAAUUUGGACUUCAGUACUAGAUAUUUAUUUAUUAUUUAUACCAAUGCUGUCAGAUGAAUGGAAAACAGUUGUUUAGAUUUCAGUCUUCUUGAGUGCACAAUUCACAGUGCUAUAGCCAUGUGUGGCAUGUAUGUUGAGGUACAUACAACAUUAAACUACUGUUUAAUAUUUAAACAUAAGAGUACUAGCUGGUAGUAGCUAGACGAAACUACAGGAUGAAACAUAAGGGAAGUUUGCAAUUCCUGUCUUUAUUAGUGUGUGGGGCAUACAGUAUAGUUUGUGUCCUUACCAUUUUUUACUGAUGCAAAAUAGGCUGCAGGCAUGCAUGGUCUAUUUUUAGAAGAGGUUCAGUUCAUAACUUCCAUCAUCCUCUAUCAUUUGCCAUACUAUUGUGCAGAAAAUAAUUGUAGCAUAAAAAGGUCAACAACUCCCAGACUGAUUAACCUAGUUUUAUGUACAGUAAUCCUGGUCCAAAAUAAAUUCCUGAUUUAAGCAAACUAAUAAACAGCACUCCCUCUGCCAUUGGGCCCACUGCCAUUUGCUAGACAGUUUCUGAUAUCACCAAGCCACUUACGUCACCAGGCAUUAACAUCUUCCUUUUAAGAGUCUGGUAAUAGAGGCAGACGACCCAUUCUAACAAGGCCAAGUGGUUAAGUUGAUACCAUUUCAAGCUUUUAAGAAUUCAUAAGUAUAAAGUGUGUGUUCAUUUGCUGUAGAAUUCUAUGUAGAGAUAUUAUUUAAUAAUUAUCUAUGUAUCUUAUUUAUGUUACAGUGGAAUUAAGUUAUCAUUUAAAUGGUUUGAACACAAAGGUAAACAGCCAUUGGAGUUGCACUCGGUUCCUAACUUACUUGAAUACUAUGUUUCUUUAUUUAAAUGCAGUCCUUUGCCAAAAUGGAUGCUGAUUUCUAUGGAAUCCCAUUGGGUUCAAAAUAGCUAUUCAUUUUGGUAGAAUGUUAUAAUAAAUGUGUGCGUGUGUUUAAAGUUUACACAGAAUUCUUGUCAUUCAAUUUCUCCAGCUGCUAUAACUGAAUGAAUUUGAAAUGAUAUUGCUUGAACAUUGUAUAGUGUCAGUAUCUUGAAUCUUGUUCAAAGGGGCAAUUUCAUCAAAACUUUUGACAAUUUUUAUUUUCUACAUGCUGUUUUAUUUUUGUGUUUAGUUGUGGUACAGCCAUCACAUUCCAUUUGAGACAAAAUGACAGUAUUUCUAUCUGUCAGUUCUUUGAGGAGGUGAGAAAUAAAUUGUAAACCGUUACUCUAAGCUGUAAUUACUUGUAUGAUCAUGACACUAAGUACAAUGUUACAUUUUUAUCUGUUUUUAAAUAA